UCGACUGCAGAGGAAGCAGGAAGCUACUGGCCCUGCUCAGAGCCCGGCUGCCGGGGCUCGGGGACGGCGGCAUGGAGUCCGUGGCUCUGUACAGCUUCCAGGCCACAGAGAGCGAUGAGCUGGCCUUCAACAAGGGGGACACACUCAAGAUUUUGAACAUGGAAGACGACCAGAACUGGUACAAGGCCGAGCUCCGGGGUGCAGAGGGGUUCGUCCCCAAGAACUACAUCCACGUCAAGCCCCACCCGUGGUACUCGGGCAGGAUUUCCCGGCAGCUGGCAGAAGAAAUUCUGAUGAAGCGGAACCACCCGGGAGCCUUCCUGAUCCGGGAGAGUGAGAGCUCCCCAGGGGAGUUCUCUGUCUCUGUGAACUACGGGGACCAGGUGCAGCAUUUCAAGGUGCUGCGUGAGGCCUCGGGGAAGUACUACCUGUGGGAGGAGAAGUUCAACUCUCUGAAUGAGCUGGUCGCCUUCUACCGGACCAGAACCAUCGCCAAGAAGCGGCAGGUCUUCCUGCGGGACGAGGAGCCCCUGGCCAAGCCGCCCCGGGCCUGCUUUGCCCAGGCCCAGUUUGACUUCUCAGCCCAGGACCCCUCCCAGCUCAGCUUCCGCCGCGGUGACAUCAUUGAGGUCCUGGAGCGCCUUGACCCCUGCUGGUGGCGAGGCCGUCUCUGCGGGCGCAUCGGCUUCUUCCCGCGGAGCUAUGUCCAGCCGGUGCACCUGUGACCCAAGUGGGCCCAGGGGCAGAGCCAGUGGACCGGCCAUCCACCGGGCACUGAGGCCCAGAGAGAGGACACGGGCACCCCCAGCCCAGGGCCUUGGACUGCAACAUAGGCCUCCUGACAGUCGGCCGGCCUCCUCCUGUGCUUCAUGUCAACUGGGACGGGCCCAGCGCCCCGGAAAGACCGCCUCAUUCAGGGCCCCUGGGCUAGGGGAGCUCCGGGGCCUCCACCGGCCUCUUCCCAUUGGCCAUCAGCUGUGUGAUGUCACAGGGUGGCCGGCAGGGCCCGCCCACUCCAAACACCAAUGGCACCACCUCCAGGGAGGGCUGAGGACUCCUGGGUUCCACCCGCUGGGGGCUCAAGCCAAGGAACCACGGGCUGGGUGGGUGAGCACCCGCUGGGCCUGCCAUCCCGUCCAUCCAAAAGCCCCACGGGCCGGCUACUGGGGAGGCGGCCAGGGCCCCGCACACCUGUGCCUGGACUUGCUGGACAGACUCGGAGACUUUGGGCUCCACCUGGGAUCCAACGCCCCUGCCCACCACAGACACUUCGGGGGGGGGCUAGAGCCCUGAGGAAGGGCGGGCAAGGGUGAAAGAAACGGAGGCUGCUGCUCCUCCGCUGGCCCCGCGGGACGGACAAGCUCUGAGGGGCCGGCCCUGGACGUGGCCACCUGGGAGACAUAGCUGCACCUGCUCUUACUUGUGCAGGCCCAGGUUCUACCCAGACCGGGGCCUCGGGAAGCGUGGGGGACUACAGCCCAGGUGGGGAGUUGUGGCCAGAGCUGGGCUCUGAGGGCCAGCGGCACCCAGAACGGGGCGGGCAGCCUCGGUGGAGCCCCGGCUUGAGGAAGGGCAGGGUGUCCACGGGGAAGGGGCCAUCAGCGCGGUCCCAAGCAGGGGAGCCUGGGGCCCUCGGGGUGCAGGCAGACCGAGGGAGCUCGGAAAGGGCUCUGAAUGCCAGGCCGGUGGUGGAGGGGCGGUGAGCAGGGAGAGGGCAGCAGGUGGGAUGGGGCCGGAGCCCAGGGAGGGGCGGAGAGGGGCUCCCUCUGCCCAGCGCUGGCCCGAGACCCUGGAGCCCUGAGCUCUGGCAGAUUCGCUGCUCACGACCUGGGCCCGUGAACUCAAAAUAAAAACAGUGGAAGAG